CCGGGAUCCUAUAAGGCUAUAACUCUAUUUUCCCAUUUUCCCUCUCUUUUAACUAAAAAAAAUUAAAACUUAACCAAAAAAAUACAAGGGUGAAAAGAAAAAAUAUACAAAAGCUUCUCUGUACGAAACAGACUAACACUAGAAAAAACGCAAGAACCAGAUUCGACACAGAAGAAAAGAAAACAAAAAAAAGCUUCCUAGAACUCAAUUUUAACGAGGUACGGCCCUCGUUCCUCGAUCUCACGGGCAUGAAUCGCCGGUGAAGGUGUACCUGUAUCAGAAAACGAGAAAAGUCAGGGAGACAGAGAGGGACUUUAGAAAUCAUGUACAGAGAGAGAGGAACGGCAGGUUCGAGAUCCGAGGAGGUUGUGGAUCGUAAACGAAUCAACAACCAAGCUCUUGAACGCCCUUCUCCGUCAACCUCCCGUCAAGCUAACGGCAAGGGAAAAGGAAUCGUCUUGACGGGAAAGCAGCCGCAUGACAGCAGAGAUUCGCGCUCUGCUUCUCUCUCCAAGAAUAACGUUUCAGACGAUGAAUCAGACACAGACAGUGAAGAAGAAGAAGAAUCUGAUGUCAGUGGUUCAGACACCUCGUGGGUAUCUUGGUUCUGUAGUUUAAGGGGAAACGAGUUCUUCUGUGAAGUUGCUGAUGAUUACAUCCAAGAUCACUUCAACUUGUGUGGACUCAGCAGUCUUGUUCCCUAUUACGAGUACGAGUAUGCUCUUGAUCUCAUUUUGGAUGUAGAGUCUUCUCAUGGGGAGAUGUUUACAGAGGAACAGAAUGAGUUGAUCGAGUCAGCAGCUGAGAUGCUUUAUGGACUUAUUCAUGCGCGUUACAUCUUGACAACCAAAGGGUUGGCUGCAAUGUUAGAUAAAUACAAAAACUACGACUUUGGAAGAUGCCCUAGAGUUUAUUGCUGUGGCCAGCCUUGUCUUCCUGUUGGUCUAUCUGAUUUGCCUCGAUCAAGCACGGUGAAGAUAUAUUGCCCUAAAUGCCAAGACAUUUAUUACCCAAGAUCGAAAUACCAAGGCAACAUUGACGGUGCUUUCUUUGGGACAACGUUUCCACACCUGUUCUUGAUGACUUAUGGACAUCUCAAGCCACCAAAGGCAACACAGAACUAUGUACCAAGAGUAUUUGGGUUCAAGUUACACAAACCGUGAAGGAAGUUUAAGAUAGAGACACCCUAAGAAUCGACGAUCAUGGCUUUGGAUUUGAAAAGAGAAAGAAGAAGCACUGUAAUCACGAAAGGUGAAGAAGCAGUCUUGUCUCUAUUUGUCAUCAGGUACAUACACAUUAGAAGCAAGCAAAAGCAUGGUUUGAAACUUGCAUCUGUAUGUUCCUACUUUUGUAAUCAUUUUUUUUUUGUUUCUCAUUGGCAGAUGAUAUCAAAAAGAAAGUUCUCUUUAAGCUCUACUAGAAUAUCCCAUCAAUUAUAUCAAAAUUUUGGA